UCCCUUUGUGAUGAGUUAGCUCCCACUGCUGGUUCUUUAAACUCUGGGAAAACAGGUGGGCACUCCAAAGCUGCUGGCUUAGCUUCCUCUGUCCAGGGCUGCUAGAAGUUUGGCGAGCAGACAGGUAGCUGGCGUGCCUGGCUCACUCCCACCUUGAGUCGCUGCUUCCCACAGAGGAAGCCAUCCUCCCGCCAGUCUCUCGGGAGUCCCCUUUUGUUUUAACCAGUUUUGCCUGGCUGUGGUAGCAGACAACAGUAGGAGGAGAUGCUCCUCAGAGCUCAGACUCUUUCCAAGGAGGGCUCUCGCCCCUAUUUGCCCUGCAGCUGGGGAAGCUGCCCUCUUGACGUGACAGCAUCCUUUCCUGAAGACUGUUGAUUCGGUUGCUACCCAGCAGUUUUCGGUUGUGGUGGUGGCCAGCGCUUGUGACGUGGUAAAAACUCAGGGGGAUGAUGUUCUUCAGUAAGAAGAAGCUGCCUGAAGUAGAGCGGGUGGUAAAAGCCAAUGACCGUGACUACAAUGAGAAAUUCCAGUAUGCGGACAAUCGUAUCCAUACGUCCAAGUACAACGUUCUCACAUUCUUGCCAAUUAACUUAUUUGAGCAGUUCCAAAGAGUGGCGAAUGCCUAUUUCCUUUUUCUCCUGAUACUACAGCUCAUUCCAGAAAUCUCUUCCCUGACCUGGUUCACCACCAUCGUGCCUCUGGUCCUGGUGAUCUCCAUGACAGCUGUCAAGGAUGCUACCGACGACUAUUUUCGUCACCGGAGUGAUAAUCAAGUGAAUAACCGGCAGUCGGAAGUGCUCAUCAACAGCAAGUUGCAGAAUGAAAAAUGGAUGAACGUUAAAGUUGGAGACAUUAUUAAAUUAGAAAAUAACCAAUUUGUUGCUGCCGACUUGCUGCUCCUGUCAAGUAGUGAGCCACAUGGUCUGUGCUAUGUUGAAACAGCCGAGCUCGACGGGGAAACAAAUCUAAAAGUCCGUCAAGCGCUGCCUGUCACCUCAGAACUGGGAGCAGAUAUUAGCAGCCUUGCAAAGUUUGAUGGUGAGAAGCCACACCUCUACAGCCCUGUGGGGCUUCAAUCUCCAAUGUUGCAGGACCCACAUGAAGCUCCUGUCUCCUCAGGGACUGUCGUCUGUGAGGCACCUAACAACAAGUUAGACAAGUUCUCCGGAGUCCUCUCUUGGAAGGACAGCAAGCACACUCUCAGCAACCAGAAGAUAAUCCUGAGAGGCUGCGUCCUGAGGAACACCAGUUGGUGCUUCGGAAUGGUUCUUUUUGCAGGUCCUGACACUAAACUUAUGCAGAACAGUGGCAAGACAAAGUUUAAAAGGACAAGCAUUGACAGAUUGAUGAAUACCCUAGUCCUGUGGAUAUUUGGAUUUCUGGUGUGCUUGGGAGUUAUUCUUGCAAUAGGAAAUUCAAUCUGGGAGAGUAAAGUUGGAGCCCAGUUCAGAACUUUCCUCUUUCGGAGUGAAGGCGAGAAGAGUUCCUUAUUCUCAGGAUUCUUAACUUUCUGGUCAUACGUUAUCAUCCUCAACACACUUGUGCCCAUUUCGUUAUAUGUGAGCGUGGAAGUAAUCCGCCUGGGACACAGUUAUUUUAUAAACUGGGACCGGAAGAUGUAUUAUACUGCCAAGGCAAUGCCUGCCGAAGCUCGGACGACCACACUCAAUGAAGAACUGGGCCAGAUUGAAUAUAUUUUCUCUGACAAAACAGGAACUCUCACUCAAAACAUCAUGACUUUCAAAAAAUGUUCCAUCAAUGGGAGAGUCUAUGGUGAAGUACUAGAUGACCUGAGCCAGAAGAAAGAAAUAACUAAGAAAAAGGAGUCUGUGGAUGUCCCAGGCAAAUCUCAGUCAGAGAGAGUGCUUCAUUUCUCUGACCACAGUCUGAUGGAAGCCAUUGAACUGGGGGACCCCAAAGUGCACGAAUUCCUUCGCUUGCUUGCUCUCUGCCACACUGUAAUGUCAGAGGAGGACGGUGCAGGACAGCUGGUUUACCAAGUUCAGUCACCCGAUGAGGGAGCUCUAGUUACCGCUGCUAGAAAUUUUGGGUUUGUUUUUAAGUCUCGGACCCCAGAGACAAUAACAGUGGAAGAAUUGGGAACACCUGUUACUUAUCAGUUACUUGCCUUUUUGGAUUUCAACAACAUCAGGAAAAGGAUGUCUGUCAUAGUUCGAAAUCCAGAAGGACAGAUAAAACUUUAUUCCAAAGGAGCAGACACUAUUUUGUUUGAGAAACUCCAUCCUUCCAACAAAGACCUGCUGUCUUUGACGUCAGACCAUCUUAGCGAAUUUGCAGGUGAAGGCCUUCGCACCUUGGCGAUUGCUUAUAGAGAACUUGACGACAAAUACUUUAAAGUGUGGCAGGAGAUGCUCGAAGAUGCAAAUGCGGCCACCAUGGAGAGGGAUGAAAGGAUAUCUGGGCUCUAUGAAGAAAUUGAAAGAGAUUUGAUGCUACUAGGUGCCACUGCCGUAGAAGAUAAGUUACAAGAAGGUGUUAUUGAAACAGUUACAAGUCUAUCACUAGCCAAUAUUAAGAUCUGGAUUCUAACAGGAGACAAAGAAGAAACUGCCGUUAAUAUUGGUUACGCCUGCAAUGUGCUGACGGACGCCAUGGAUGCCGUGUUUGUGAUAACGGGGAACACAGCUCUAGAAGUGCGACAAGAACUCAGGAAAGCCAAGGAAAAUUUGUGUGGACAAAACACGAGUUUUUCCAAUGGACACGUACUUAAUGAAAGUAAGCAGCAGUUGAAGUUGGACUCGGGUGCAGAAGAAUUGGUAACAGGAGAAUAUGCCUUAGUCAUAAACGGCCACAGUUUGGCCCAUGCCCUAGAAAGUGAUGUGGAGAACGAUUUUUUGGAACUCGCCUGCAUGUGCAAAGCUGUGGUUUGCUGCAGAGUCACCCCACUCCAGAAAGCCCAAGUAGUGGAGCUGGUCAAAAAGCACAGGAACGCUGUAACUUUGGCUAUCGGUGAUGGGGCCAAUGACGUCAGCAUGAUUAAAAGUGCUCACAUUGGCAUUGGCAUCAGUGGCCAGGAAGGCCUGCAAGCAGUCUUGGCCAGCGACUACGCUUUGGCUCAGUUUAAGUAUCUCCAGCGGCUGCUUCUUGUUCACGGAAGGUGGUCCUACUACCGAAUGUGCAAGUUUUUAUGCUAUUUCUUCUACAAGAACUUCGCAUUCACCCUCGUGCAUUUCUGGUUUGCCUUCUUCUGUGGUUUUUCAGCACAGACUGUUUAUGACCAGUGGUUCAUCACUCUUUUUAACAUCGUUUACACAUCACUACCUGUUUUAGCCAUGGGGAUUUUUGACCAGGAUGUGAGUGACCAGAACAGCAUGGACUAUCCUCAGCUCUACGAACCUGGACAACUGAAUCUACUUUUCAACAAGCGUAUCUUUUUCAUCUGUGUGGCACACGGAAUCUACACUUCGUUAGCCCUUUUCUUCAUUCCCUAUGGGUCCUUUUACAACGCGGCUGGAGAAGACGGGCAGCACAUUGCUGACUACCAGUCCUUUGCGGUUACCAUGGCCACAUCCUUAGUCAUUGUGGUCAGUGUACAGAUAGCCUUGGACACCAGUUACUGGACGGUGAUUAAUCAUGUCUUCAUCUGGGGCAGUGUGGCUACAUAUUUCUCCAUUUUACUGGCCAUGCACAGUAACGGCGUCUUUAGAAUCUUCCCGCACCAGUUCCCCUUUGUCGGAAAUGCAUGGCACUCCUUGAGUCAGAAGUUCGUCUGGCUUGUUGUUCUCUUGAUCGCAGUGACUUCGGUCAUGCCGGUGGUGGCAUUCAGAUUUCUGAAGAUGUAUUUGUACCCAAGCCUAAGUGAUCAGAUCCGCAGGUGGCAGAAGGCUCAGAGAAAGGAAAGGCCCAUCCGAAGCCGAAGGCCUCAGACCCGCAGGUCAAGCUCCAGAAGAUCCGGGUACGCGUUUGCUCACCAAGAGGGCUACGGAGAGCUCAUCACAUCUGGAAAAAAUAUGCGAGCUAAAAAUCCAGCCCCGACAUCAGGGCUGGAAAAGAUGCUUUACAACAACACGAGCUGGAUUGAAAAUUUAUGUAAGAAAACCACAGACAUGGUGAGCGGCUUUAGUCACGAUAAGACAGUGAAACUGUGAGUCAAGACGGACUUGAACCACAAGGCUUUCUUUACACCUCCUCUGGGGCUGAGCUUCAGCUGCUCAGGGGCCAAGAACAGGGCAGAUCGCCUUGCUAACAUCUGUGGCCUCCAGUUGUCAAUGCCUGUCACAUACUGGUGUGUUUUGCAGGGAACCGGGCUCCAUGGGCACCAUCCAGUUUGUGAGUCUGUGGACCAAGCCCUCCGUCAAGAGACAAGCACAGAAUUUUAUUAACUUAAACAUCAAUUGAUCUGAAUUUUGAAUCUUAUUUAUGGGGGAGAAAAAGCUUGUAAAUUAGCAUCUACACUGGAUGGGUCCUGGGUCUGUAAAAGGGUGAAAUGCAGGUUUACAGAUACACUGUGUAUGUGAAGCGCUGCCUUCCCCAAAGGCAGCCGCAGAGUUUACAGUCUGCAGUAUGGUGCUUUCAGACUGAGAGUCAGUCUCUCUCCAGUUGUGACCUCAGUUUACCAGUCCAUCCCGGACAACAAACCGUCACGUGUCUGAAGAACACGCAAAAAAAGCCCAUGGGGUUCCCUGUUUUCCAAACCAGGCCAGGGACAAAACAGGCUGAAUAUCUUUGCAGAGGGGCUGCUAAUGUGGUCAGAUUUAUUCAGAAAGUGUUUAGUCUGUUCUAUGUAGGGACAAAAUAUGGGAGUGGCUCCCCAGGAAGUCUCCAAAGGUCCCCGUGGCUUGUGUAGCAAUGUCAGUAGCGAUCUGUAGCACGUUACAGACUGCAGAUGGAACCCUCAGAGUGGUGGACUGCCAUACUCUUUCGAGAAUGUUCCAUAUAGCCUAGAGGCAAAAGCUGCUGAUGGAUCCCAUUUUCGAAAGUUAAGAAUUGAAAGGGAGUGAGUUAAUAGGCAAUCUCUACUGUUACUAUUUACUCAGGUUUAGAUUAUGAAGACGCAAUUCCUCUUAGUGUCCAGCUGUCUUGUUUAUAACUCAAACAUCUAAAUAGAUGGAUGGGUGGGGCUGAUCUUUAAAACAGAGAUUGCAGCCUGGACUUGGGAUGGCUGGAUGAGCCACUAGUUUCUUUCCUCCAUAGGCUCUAUGUUCAAAUUGUUGCUCUGCCACCUUUUACCUCUGUGGUGGGCAGCCGAUGUGCCUUUAGAGACCGGGUUUCCUCCUCUACCCAAAGAGGAGGGACUACCUACCUCAAGUGGUUGAUGACGAUCAAGCACAUGUUCUCAAACUGUUAGAAAUACAGUUCUCAAUAGGAAUGUAUAAGUUAGGCUUCAGAUAGCUCCUCAUCCAAACAACAGCCACGGGAAGAGACCGCAGGACCUGGGCUGUCAGUCAUGAGUGGGAUGACCUCAUGGAAGUGAGGUUGCUAGGUAUGAUAGAAAACAAGUGAAAUUAUAGCCCGGGGAGCAUAUUUAGCUGCAAGGAAGUGAAAUAAAGCAUCAGGUCUUACUAGUUUUCCAAAAUCAGCCUUUGGUUUUCUCCUUCCUCUGGUCCCUAUUCAAUUGCCGAUCAGGUGAAAGUACUUUCCACAAAGACUUGCUAAUCCUUCAGUGGCCUUGAUAGAUGAUGGGCUAGGAUGGUAUUAAUAGAUCAGUGUCUCCUGCCCAGGUGGCCUUGGUUUCUAAGGGUAAUUCUUUUCUGGAUGGUACUUAAUGAGACAAUAUGUGUGCAGGAGUCUAAUACCUAGAGCUUAAACCAAUGACAAAGUCUUGUAGCUAUUCCUUUUUUUCUAUACAUAUCUACCUAGAAAAAAAGUAAGAUUUUUUUGUGUGUGUGUGUGUGUCUUAUGAUUAGGUUCAGUGUGCUUGGUUAUGUUUUAUAACAAUUUCAAAAACUUUGGAAAUUUUCAGUAAAUUUUUUGCA